UAGAAUUUGCAUAUUGACGUAUAGGAGCGAUGUUUGGAGCCCGAUAGCAACUAAAAAUUUCACUUCAUAACUAGAAUUUGGUUGAUUUAAUUUUAGUUGAAUUUAAACUUUCUUGUACGCACUUUGUGAAAAACACAUGCUUAUUUAUCGCUUAAACAAGUAUAAUGAGUACAGAAUUUCUACUUGUUGAGUCAAUUGAGAUUUUGCGAAAUAGUCUGUCGCAUUAUCACACUCUGUUGGAAGCAAUUUUGGUACUUUGGUUAGUGUGGUUUAUUUCAAAAAAACGAAAAAACAAUCACGAUUCCGAAGUUUCGGAAGAGUUGGUCGAAAAAAAAUUGGCGGAAUGGCAACCAGAACCUCUGAUACCAGAAGUGCCAGAAGAACAUGUUUCGUUAAAGCCUAAAUAUAUCACUUCUAGUGUUGGAAAACGAGUCACAGUUAAUGGUAAAAGUUGCCUUAAUUUAGGUACGCAUAACUAUCUGGGUUUAUGCGAUGAUACAAAAGUAGUAGAAAUUGCAGCAGCAGCUGUUAGAAAGUACGGAGUUGGCUCGUGUGGACCACGAGGAUUUUACGGAACUGUGGAUGUACAUCUUGAAUUGGAAGAACGUUUGGCUAAAUUUAUGAAUACAGAAGAAGCUAUUAUAUAUUCUUAUGGUUUUUCCACUGUAGCAAGUGCAAUCCCAGCUUACUGUAAACGCAAUGACUUAAUAUUUGUAGAUGAAAAAGUAAAUUUUGCUAUACAGAAAGGAUUAGAUGCGUCUCGUGCAAAUAUUUAUUACUUUAAACACAACAGUGUAGAAGACUUGCAUAAUCUUUUGAUUAAGCAAAUGGAGAUAGACCAAAAAAAUCCUAAAAAAGCUGCAAAAACAAAACGCUUUUUGAUUAUAGAAGGUAUUUACAUGAAUACAGGAGAGAUGUGCCCUUUGCCAGACUUAUUGCAACUUUGCAAAACAUUCAAAUUGAGAAUCUUUAUGGAUGAAUCUGUAUCAUUUGGUACUGUUGGUGCACAUGGAAAAGGUGUUACUGAAUAUUUUAAUAUACCUACCAAUGAAAUAGACAUGAUAAUGGGAUCCUUGGAAUGGGCUGUAGGAUCAAUUGGUGGAUUCUGUGUAGGAACAACUUUUGUCAUUGAUCAUCAGCGGUUAUCAGGACUUGGCUAUUGCUUCUCAGCAUCUCAGCCACCUCUUUUAGCUGCUGCAGCUAUAACUUCUUUAAAUAUCAUGGAAAAUAAUGUGCGCAUAUUUCAAUCGUUGAGAGAUAACGCUCUAGCGAUAGACAAUGGCCUUAAAGAUAUUCCGAUGCUGCAAUGCUCUAGUCAUAAAGAGUCACCUCUGAAACAUGUGUAUUUAAAAGAAACAAAAGAUCGUGUCACUGAGGAAGAAUUAUUGCGUGCGAUUUCACACAAGUGUUUAGAAAAUAAUUUAGCUGUUAUACUUCCCGUCUACUUGGAACUAGAAAGAUUUAUGCCUAGACCUAGUCUGAGACUUUGUAUAUCUGCUAAUCUAGACAAGAGCGAUAUCAAUUUUGCGCUAAAUACUUUGAAAGAGUGUACGUACCAAGUUUUAUUGUCACUUCACGGCUGAAACAAAUACAGUCUGAGAACAUACACGACAGAAGUGAUUUGUGCAUAGAUAUAACAAUAAAUGUUAUAUAGAAGA